AUGAAGAGAAUAACGUUGAGUGAGAAGCGUUAUGAGUGCAACGUGUGUGGCAAAGCCUGGCAGUACCCGAGCCGUCUAGAGAUCCACCGGCGGGUGCACACAGGAGAACGUCCCUUUGAUUGCUCCGACUGCGGCAAGAGCUUUACCUGUUUGUCGGUGCUGCGGGUGCACCGGCAGGUGCACACGGAAGAACGCCCCUUUGAAUGCUCCAACUGCAGCAAGAGCUUCAAGACGGCGCAUGAACUGGAGAGACACCGGCGAGUGCAUACUGGCGAGAAGCCCUAUGGCUGUACCACCUGCGGGACAAGCUUUGCCUGGUUGUCGGGGCUGCGGGAGCACCGGUGGAUACACAUGGGCGAGAAGCCCCAUGGCUGCUCCACUUGUGGCAAGAGCUAUGGCCAGUUGUGGAGGCUGCGGGAGCACCGGCGGGUGCACAGCAGCGAGCGGCCCUUCUCCUGCUCCGUCUGCGGCAAAGGCUUCAACGACUGCGGCAAGGGCUUCGCCCAUUACAGCAACCUGCUGUCCCACCAGCGCACCCACACCGGGGAGCGCCCCUUCACCUGCACCCAGUGCAGCAAGGGCUUCACCAAGUCCAGCAGCCUGCUGUCCCACCAGCGCACCCACACCGGCGAGCGCCCCUACACCUGCAGUGACUGCGGCAAGGGCUUCAUCUGCUCCAACAGGCUGCUGUCCCACCAGCGGGUGCAUGACAGCGACCGUCCCUUCCCCAGCCCGGUGGGUGGAGAGUGUUUUUCCAUGGCCUCCCAUGCCUUGUCUCACCAGCGCGUGCACAGCAGAGGCCAGCCCUACGACUGCCCCUACUGCGGUGAGUCGUUUAACAGCUCGCGGGGGUUGCGCAUCGUCACCGCUCUCCUGCUGCUACGUCACCGCCCGGAGGCGCGCCCUUUGCGCGUGCACGUCACGCAGUCGCGAAGACGGUUUAACGGCCGCGCUCGCGCCGCCACCGGUCACCUGAUCCUCCAACCGUCAGCGCAGGCCGCGCCCACCCCUCUGUUCCCAUUGGAUGCCGGCGGUGUCCUGAAGGGGUUCCUGCGGCCGCAGCCGCCCAGUGACACCCCGUGUUUAUGCAUCACCGGGCAGUGA